UUACGAGCUCAAACAUCUCUCAGAAAAUUUCCUGCAGAGGAGCGCAUGCUCAAGGACCAUCUAGACACGUCUUAUAAAUAGAAUAGCUACUGACGAGGGCUUCGUCGUGAUUCAAUCCAUUCAAUGCACUGCUGCUGUAAGAAAUGGAGCCAGCCCCGCCCGAUGGAGGGGAACCGAAAGAAGACCUUACAGAACAGAGGUUCAAAUUGUAUGAGGAAACUGACAUCGAGUCGGAGCCGUUAGUUGCAAGAGAUGAGGAUAUUGAUGGAUCUCUCAAAGCCAUCAGGCGCCCAUGGUGGCACCUUCCCAUCUUACCUCUGCUCAUCUUGUCCGAAUGGCUUGCCAGGCUCUCGGACGCCUUUGGGUCUCGCUUCGUCUUUGCUGUCAUCAUCGUGUAUGGGAUAUCCCAGGGCAUUGGGGAGAUGGUCGGCGAAUUCAACUCAAAGUACUACUGGAAGGACGUGAUGCGCGUGUCGCCAGCAGAGUCCCAAUUGUACAACUCCCUGCCCGACCUUCCCUGGGAUAUCAAACCGCUGUGGGGCCUUCUGACAGACAGCUUCCCUAUCGCUGGCUCGCACACCCGCUCCUGGAUUGCAAUCACGAGCGUCCUCGGUGUUUUCUGCUGGGGGACCGUCGCGGCGGUCCGAUUACCAAAAGGGUUAGCAGCAAUCGCGCUGGUUGGGACAAAUGUUGCAAUGGCGCUUCCGGACGUGGCCACAGAUGCGGCCGUCGCAAUGCGGUCACGCGCCAAGCCGCAGUUUGCAGCUGAUCUCCAAAGCUUAACUUGGGGCACGCUCGCGGUGGGUUCCUUAAUCGGCAUGGCGUUUAGCGGGCCCGCCGUUCACUACUUGGGCUCUCGCGGAACAUUUGCGCUCUUGUCUGGUGCGCCAGCAUUGACGCUGUUGGCAGCGUGGGCACUGCCAGAGCCGAAAGCUGCGACCAAUCAGAAGGGCGGUUUUGCGCGCGUCUGGCACUCCCUGCGGUUGUUCUUCGGGGCCAUGCGGGACCCGCGCCUGUGGCAGCCGGCCUUGUACAUAUACCUCAGCCAGGCCCUGUGCCCUGACAUCACCGAGGCCAAGUUCUACUGGCUCACGGACAAGACCGGGACGGGGCCCGGCUUCUCCGAAAACUUCUUGGGGUUUCUCGCUACCGUGGGAAACUUAGCCAUGCUGGCCGGGGUUCUGGCCUACAACUGGUACCUCAAGGACCAGCCUUUCCGGCGCGUCUUUUUGUGGGCGCAGGUGACGCUAGUAAUAACCGGGAUGCUAGACUUGAUUCUCGUGACGCGGCUCAACCAGCGAUUCGGCAUUCCGGAUCACGCGUUUGUCGUGGGUGACGAGGCGGUGCAGGACGCAAUCGACAACCUGCGUAUGGUCCCCAUGCAGGUCCUAGCCGCCCGCCUCUGCCCCCCCGGAAUUGAGGGCACGCUCUUCGCCUUCCUGAUGUCGCUCUCCAACGCCGGCGCGAACACCGCAGAGCUGCUAGGGGCAGGCCUGAUAAAGGUGCUCGGAGUGACGUCAACAAACUUUUCCAACUUGUGGCUUGCGGUAACGAUCAGGAGCUUGAUGAAGCUCUUGCCCAUUGUGUUCCUGUUUCUAGUCCCUGAUGCGAGCCCAACGUCAGACUUUGGGGUCGUAGGCGGAGGAAAGGGUAUACCUCGGGACAGCGAUAGCGGCGUUGACCUGACGGUUAUGCCUUUGAGCUCGGAGGGACGUGUUGAUGACCGCCCGAGAACACCACGAUGACAUGCUGUCACAUGGCGAUUGUGAAGACGAAGUUUAGAGCGAAAUGCACAGGAACGUUGCUGACUGAUUAAUCGACACUGAAUGCAUGGAUGUCUCGACACUGCUAGUACUACUGUCUCCUUAAAGGACAGAGU